GUUUCCUCGACUCAUCCGGAUUUGAAAUGGCAAAUUUUCUCAUCUUGAACGUUUGUGCUCUUCUUAUCCUAGCAAAUGCUGGAGUAAUUAUUUCUGACACUCUUUUGGAUUCCCGAACAAUUGUCGGAGGUUUUCCGAUUGAGAUCCACGAAGCCCCCUAUCAAGUGUCGCUUCAAAUAAACGAAAGUCACGGCUGUGGAGGAUCAAUCAUCUCGAGCAGUUGGAUUCUCACCGCUGCCCAUUGCAUCGAAGACGGAAUUGAGAGCUUAUCGGUUCGGCUUGGGUCGACCAAACACGCCGCUGGAGGGGAAGUGAAAAAAAUUGCUAAAACAGUGUGCCAUCCCUAUUACGUUCUAGCUAAUCAUUUUUCAUAUGAUUUCUGCCUGCUGAAAUUAGAGAGCAGAAUUAAAUUGAGCAACACAAUUCAAACCAUUAAGUUAGCUGAUAAAGAACCCAGGACCGGAAGUUUUGCCCUGGUAUCCGGAUGGGGAGAUACUCGAUCUUCAACGGAAUCCAAUGAUGUAUUACGUGCAGCCUACGUUCCAAUUAUCUCCCGAGAGGAUUGUAAUAAAGCUUACAACGGCGUUAUCGAUAAUUCGAUGAUAUGUGCAGGUUUAUGGGAAGGUGGCAGGGACUCGUGUAAGGCUGAUAGCGGAGGUCCAUUGGUCUUUGAUGGUCUGCUGGUUGGAGUUGUGUCCUGGGGAGAAGGCUGUGGCGAAGCAAGAUAUCCUGGAGUUUACGGGAGCGUAGCAGCCGUGCUCGACUGGAUCAAAGAAACUACAAAUUAAUAGGAGGCACCGUUGAUAUAAGUUGAUCGAAUAAAGCCAAAUUCAAAGUUCACACAAUAAA